GUUUAGAAGAAGUAGGUCACAUUAAGUCACUACACUACUUUUAUUGCAAAUGCAAUCACUAUCGUACGAAAGCGCAUUUUCCUUUCGUACUAAGUCGUCGCCCCUCCUUGUCUUCCUUGUUGCCAUGAGCAGAAUGAAAAGAAGAUACAGUUACAGAGGCUAGGCGCCAGGAAGCCGAAAGCAAAACAUAUCGGCCAACAACAUACCUCCGCGGCGAUGCCGCGUGGCUGUGUCGGUUGUGAGGAUCGGAAUGAACGGACUUUAAUAUAGCUCCUGAGUCGCAAAACCAAAAGCAAAAUGGUGACGGCUUGCAAUUUUCUCCUCUCGAUCAGUUUUCUGGUCGACUGGGUCUCGGUCCUUGUCGUCGAGGGUUUAACGCAGGAGAAGCCUAGCCACCUGGCCGCGACGACAGGUCCUGUUGCGCAAAAAUCACUUGAGGUUCCUCCUGCAGCCGCAGCAUCCGAAUCUACUACUGCCGUCGAUGUUGCUGCCGCUGCAGAAUCUCCAAGCGGCGCUGCGGAGAAGCCAACGCCGAGUGCGAGGAGCUUCGCGGACCUCUGUGCGCAGCAUUGCGGUUUGGGCAAGCCGUUGAACAAGAAAACGCGGAAAAGGCUUAUUCGAGCAAUGAAAAGAAGUUCGGCAGAGGAGCAGGUACAUACAGCAGCGAGCUGCUCUUUGUGGUUUUUGUUUUAUGCAUUAUUGCAGCUGCUGUGCCUGUGCUGCAUUCGCAGUUCGAUCUUCAUCUUCAUGGCCAUACAACUGCAUACGCACAUCAAUCAGGAGAUUUGGAUGAAGACCAAGCUUGUAGUAGAUCAUGCGUUAUCUUCACGCUUUCUGACCUUUCCAAUACCACUCACCAUAGGUGCAAGGCCUUCGCUCCUGCAUCAAGCAAUGGGCCCGGCCGGAGCUGGUUUCUACUUUGCUGAAAAAAGGCUGUGCGUGGAGAACUGUGAGAAGAGUCGACGGCUUCGUGCGAGAGGAUCUUACCCUAGAUCCAACUGUGGUGGAGUCAAAAGCAGGCAUUUUGCCGGUUCCUUCGUCUUUCGACGAUUUUGCGGCCACUGUAGUAGAUACUAAGGAGCCUACGUCCGAGACGAGAACGAGAACCGUCAGGCCCGAAGAAGAUGCCAAUUUUUACGUCGACUACGGCUCGCGGCCAGAUCUGUUUCCCAACGGCGCGCCGCCAACAGUGGCGAAAAAGACGAGCGCAGCAUCUGCAGGUUCGGGUGAAGCGUCGGAAAUCGGCCCGAACGGAGAGCUGAUGGAGCCCCCGUCUGGGAAUACCAGGAAAGAGGACCAACAAGAGCAGUUGCAAGAAAGCCCAACGACCUCCGCCGCAGCAGCCUCAACGACUGCGACCACCACCGCUACGACACGGCAAAAGCAACGAAUGCUGAGACGGGUGCAGAAGCCCAAGGAAAAAACGGCAGAGGAUUUUGAGAACCAGUACUACGCCGGGAACUACUACGAAAAAAUGCGGCACACAGGGCCGGAGUUCCAGUUCCUGGAUGUCUUUCACGAGGUCUUGCGGGAUUUUGUCACAAUCAGCAGCGGAAGUGCGGAGGAGGCUUUGGGAUUACUCGGAGGAGGAGGCGGCGCGCCUGGUGGGACUGCAUCCCAACCACGAGGAGCCACAAGAACUACACAAGAGCAGCCGAUGGAGAACUACAGUACCCCACAAGAUGAUGAAGAUUUGGACUCGAUUUUCCGCAACCGAAAAUCCUUCCGAGAAGAAACACAGCGGCUGCACGCGUACCUCGAGGCGUUUGUGAUGCAUGUGGGGCUGGAGUGUGGCGAUCGGUGUUCGCAGUUGAAUGGCAUCUGGAACAUGGACGAGUACAGGACCGACACGAGACGGCUCCUGGAGACCCUCGCGCCCUUCUCGCUUUUCUUCGGCCAGACGGAUAGCAGAGUGUGGGCUGUGUGUACAGAGGUUUUUCUUUGAGAUUGUCUACCAUGCUCCGACAAUUGAACUGAGUGUAGUUGGUACAGCAGUGGCGUGCUUGUAAUGCUUCACUCUAGAUGUAGAAGAUGAAGAUCAUGCUUUCUUAUUUUUUUUGCGUCACGCACAACAAAAUAAACCUUUCCAGUGUCCCUAUUUCACGCUGCGGAGUUCGAUCACUUCGGCCAGGUCUUCCUCCAGCAGUCGCUGUUUCAGGCCCUCGUCGUUUAUCUCUACAUUGCCUUGAUGUUCUUCCUCCACCGCAGACGCAUUUACCAGCACGCGAAGACGAAUUUCCGCCACUUAAGCGCCCUGGGAAUUCCGGAGGUCGAGGCGGAGUCCUCUAAUGUCGGCGAUGCAAAGCAACUCGUUGCUGGAAAGCUGAAGUUAGACCGGAUAUCAGCCGUGCGGGAACGGAUUCAAAACUGGAUUGUGAAGCGAUACAAGAGCAGUUUGAAAGACCACCUCCAGGUGCAGGAGCAGGAUCGAGGGGAAACACUUGCAAUUUGCGACGGCAAUACAACUAGGGACGUCAUUUCAUCUCCCGACCACGAAGUAGUGACGAUCACAACGCCAAUCCUGGACCGAAAAAAUCCUGCCCUAAGUUUGGGGUUCACCGCGUUUCAGAACGUUUAUCAGCAACCGAGGAAACCGUCGGAAGAUGCAUUGCAAACGCCCGCGCAUGUUAGGGUUUUGGACGACGAAAAAAGUACUCUCUCCAGCAUGAGAUCGAAGGACGCAGCAAAUAAACCGCAGGAAAUUGUUUUGGGGAAAUCGAUCUUCUUGGAAGGCCGGCAUCAGUCUUCUACGACGUCGACGCCGAGUGCGAGUCCGGCGAUUGAUGUAAACGCCCAGAACUACCGCCCGGGGGCCGAAGACCCGGAGCUGCCGGAGGUGAACCAACAAGCUACAGAUCUCCAUAAAGAAACGCAGGGACAAGAAACGAGCGAGAACGGUCCGGCCGCACCUAUAAAACAUCAGCCCGAAGAACUGCAAGAAGGGCAACAGGUUGCUCUCCCACCAGCACCCCCAGAACUACGUGAAAACAAUUUACCAACCCCACGGACGAAAAAGAUUUUGAACGAGACGGGCGGCAGCGUUACUGACACCGAGGACGAAGAAACAACUUCAGAGGCGGGGACGAAAGAAGUCGGUGAGCAACAGGGUGCACCAGCAAAGCGUGAAAAAGAAGAACAGCACGACUUAGGCAGAGAUGCUGGUGCGACGGCAGAGGGACAGGACUCAAUAGGACUGGUCGUCAAUGGAACAACAGCGCAAGUGCAGCCGUCGUCCUCAUCUUCCACGACAACUCCGAUCGAUGCGCCGGUUUCCAGCGCCUCUUCCUCCUCGCCAACUUUUACUUUAGAGGACGACAAUCGAGAACAGCAGCAAAGUAACAUCACAGAUAGUCGAGAACAACUGAACACCUCUUGGAUCCUUGACCCAGCGACACACACGAAUAAACAGCACCAGUUCAGGUCCUCCGGUUCUUCCAGCAAGCAGCACAGUCAACCAUCUCCGGAAGACGACCACCCACCAACCGAGGAUGAGAACGUGAUCGCGAUUGAGAGCACGCGCGGGCACACGACAAGGUACCGAAUCGCGUCCAAAAACUCCAUCCACAUGAUCGCGCCGAACCACGAUGAGCAGAUGAAUACUUCCAUGAAUAAGAGCAACGAACCGAUUCUGCAGAACCCGUAUCGGAAGUUAUUGGAUAGUGGGAGUAACACCAAUCCGGAACAGCAAACUAACGACCUGUCUAGCACGACAGCUACAACCUCUUCUGCGAGAUCCUCGAAGCAGUCUGCAGCGAAGGAGGCCGCUGCACCAGGAAACUAUAGCCAAAUUUUGCGUUCCGCUGCAAGCAGCACGUCGACUUCGGCAGACGAGGGGGGAAACAAAUCAACAGCCACUUUGAGCAAGCAGAGUGGCGGUGGUGGGGUCAUGCAGCUUUUCGACGAUCAACGGCAAACAGGACCACUUGCAAGAAGUCAGGAAGACAACCUCACUGAUAACCUUACCAGCGAGGAUAACAUCCAAAGCAAUUUCAGCCACCCGAUACUAGUAGGCCACAAUAUCUCCCCCGAAGCGAUCCCACUCUUCUCGCCGGCCGGGACAGGAGAAAGCCCCGGGGAAGACCAGUCCGACUCGAACACAAGCGAGUAUGAACGGUCGUACUUCGAGCAGACGCCGGAGGUGGUGUCGGCCUUGAACUACAGCGUGAACAGGAGCAUGAUGCUGGAGUCUGCGGAGAAGCAGGUGCAAGCGCACAAAAAGCGAGUAUUCGACGCGAACGACUUUUACUUGACCACCCCCGUGGGAGCAGCCGGGAUGGACUACUUGGAAGAAAACGACAUAGGUACUAGAGGGGUGCCUCCCCGUCCUUACGGUGGUAGCAGUCAGAGUUUGUUCGGCCGAGAUUUAGAAGACCCGGCAAACAGCCGCGGUCGGGUGCUGGAGGUGCACAAGUUCAGGUUUGAGAAAACCACCGGAACCGGAAGCACACCGGAAGAGUGGAACAGUGCAUCUUCCAUGAUGUUGCCUGGAGGACACGAAGAGAAUGAAAAAUCAAACUCUGCCCAAAGUCGUUCCAGCAGCAGAAACAGCAGCAAGCAGGUCCGGUUUCAGAUUGACAAUGACGAAAAGAUGCCCAGUGUGCCGCGCGUUGUAGACAGCAAUGCUUCAUCUUCUUUGGGAGCGGAAGUGGACCAACUUGGCAUCUUUGAGGCUGAAAUUAAGAAGCACUCCGAUACGCAGACUAGUGACACGCUGGCGAUGAUGAAGAGGGAAUUUGGAGCAGCUUCCACCGCAGCUCAAGACCAGGUGAGAGACGAGCUGCACAUCCAGCCGGUAUUGGUCGGGUCGACAAUCGCAGUGAUGCUGAUCAGUGCCCCGGAUGAGAAAGCGCUGUUUGGGAGUGCGUUUGUGGACACGAGAGGAAGUAGCGAUUCUAGAACAAGGGUAGAUAACUUUUUGGAGCAGUUCGUCGUCGCGGCUCCGGCUGAAAACCCAAUCCAGGUGAACAAGAUGUCGCCCAUGAUUUCCAGUGCGACAAGACCACAAAGCGCUUCUGCCACUUUUCUCCCCGCACCCAUUUCCACCGACAGUCUGUCUGCGCACGAUAAUCAUUACUCCGCUCUUACCGGGGCGUUUGCAUCUGCGGCGAGUGCGAGCAGCUCAAUUUCGUCGACGCCUCAACGCAGCCAUGGUAGCUUGGAAGCAAACUCAUUUUACGAGCAAGGAGCUGUAACAAGCGAGGACGGUACCGUAACUGUCGAUACUUUCUUCGGGGAGGGGUUGCACGCCCUGCUCGCGUCGGACCGGGCGAAGAAGAACCUAUUAAUCCUGAAGCACGCGAUCUGUGGCUUUUGCAACCUGCACGUCAGUUUGAUCUCCCAUUUUCUCCCGGAUUUCUUUUCGGCAAAUAGUAGUACGGCGAGCUGGUGUUCUGGGUUUGCGGAAGAUGGUCUUUCCGAGGAGACAACUUUUGACGAGAAGAGACAUCUACCUUACAUCCCAUCCGACGAAGAAAUUGAGGAAGAUACUUCCGACGCAGGGAGAAGUAAAGAUGGGCCAAGUAACCUGCAAAACCACGAAUCCCUUCUCCUACAAAGAGAGAUAGAGAAAGAAUACGAAGAACAGCUACGGCAAUCGCAGGAAGAAUCGGAGCUGCUGUUGCAGAAUCUGCUCAAAGAUUUUGAAAAGUUCCUGAAGAUCGUCUCAACCGUGACAGUCUUCCUGUGGUUGCACACAACCAACAGGCUGUUCGAAUUCACGCUGCUUUUCGUCGCCAGCUUGCUGUUGGCCGCUGCCAGCGGGAUCUUCUGUAGCGGGCUCUGCGAUGUGCUGAUUUUCGGACCAGAUGGUGGCGCUCACUCGCUUCAGAGUGAAUCAAAAAAUGAAAAGGAGAACCACAUCACGGAGCAGGCCAUUUUGUCGAAGAAGCGGAAACUGAUUCUGGUCAAUUGGAAUAGUUUGUUCGGCGUGGAAGGAACAUCCUCAUCGAGCUCUAGCACAGACGAAGAGCAAAUGACAUCACGCGGAAAUAAAUCAGCAGCACGAAGAACAACGGCCCAUCAAUCUGCAACAACAAGCGUCACGAAACUGCAGGCAAAAACCGAAGACCCGGACUCGGUGAACAUUGUGUCCGUGUCGAGAGUAGAAUCCAGUAUCAAGUGUAAAAAUGUCUGGGUCUGGAAGAAUGCAAGUUUGUCAUGCUUGUCUGGCAUGACUCGAGAAUCUGUCAUGCACAUUACCAAAGAGCCACACUUUUCUGUCAUGCAGAAACGUAGUUUGUCAUGCAGAAUAGGCAACACCUAGAAGCUCAGAAACUUGUCAUGCUGAGCCAGCAUUUGUAGCCUCAUCAUGAGACGCCACCCAGCAUCACAAGUUUCCAGACCCAGACAUUUUUACUUUUGAUAUCCAGGAAGCGAAGACAACGACUUUUGGAAAAGAGGAAAAUUCCUGGAGGUGCUGGAGCAAGUAGAACAUCAGGAGCUGCAACGCCGACUACAGCAACUGUUCCGGAGCUGGAAAAGCAGGAGAAGCCCGGCGCGGCUAUUAAGGUAGACGGGGGCACCAGUGCAACAAGUUCCAGCUACAGCAAGCCGGAUAAACACAGUACGACUCUAGUACCAGCAACGACCAGCAACCAACAACUGUUCGAGCUCGGGCCGACGUUUACUGAGUACGAGAAGUGUGCGUUUAUUUCCCUUUUCUGCGCCGGGGGCGCCGCGUUGCUACCGACUGUCGGCAGGUUGUUGGGGAUUUUGCCGUUGUUUCUUUACGAGGAAACGGACAAACAGGCGCAGGAACAGCUCCUCGGAAAGUGGAACGGGUGGACAAGAUUUACGGCGGUAAGCCUCGACACCGUGACGUUUCUGGUCUUACUCGACAGGUUCUACCAAUUGUACAUGAUUGUGUACGGCUGCGGGUUUGUGUUGGCGAAACAGAAUAGUACCAGCGGGAAAGAAACAGCAGAGGAGACCACAUCGAAAAGCGGCAGUGGUGGUCCCCUCUCGAGAAGUACCAGCGCCGUGCCGAGAAGAAAUACGUCGGCAUCAGCGAGAAGCAAGAAUCAGAAACAGAACGCAGAAAAUCAGAUUACCGACUUAGAGCAGGGCCUGGAGGUAGCGCCUACCGUAGAAGACGAGUACUUCUCAGUUGAUGCAGCAAACCAAAUUACCGACGCAACUACAACGAAGAUGGGCGCUAACGAAGUUCUUGUAGGAGGCCACGAAUCUUCUUCGGUGACAAACCCGAAACGAGAUCGAUACACGACCAGCUUCGCCUUGCACACGCUUCGCUGGGAACUUUUGAAGUUGAAGCAGGUUUUCAAGCUUUUCGUCUUCACGCACUUUCUGACCCUGGCGCUCUUGCUUUGUCUCGUCUUUCACCAGAUGUUUUUGUCUGGGUUUCUGCUGUCACCCGGGGGAUUCGGUGGCGUUUUCGGGGGAAGUGGGCAAACCAGCAAUGCGUACGUUGACAACAGCCUGCAGGACAGCGACUUCAAGAAGAGCAGCUUCCCACACAACCCCUUCAACGCCAAUAGCGGUCCGGAUCUCAAGGACCGGCCUUUUGGGAACUCGGUACAAAAUUUUCCCCUGUCUUCAACAUCUUCUUCGACGGCAAGUGCGGCUUCCACUGCAUCCUCCUCGUUUUUGGAAGGGUCGGAACAAUCUGAGCAACAGCGGACUCCCCCCGAUGACGAGGUGCAGUUCGCACGAGAGCUGCAGGAAGCGGACAAUCGGAGGUAUCUCGCGAUGAGUAACGAGGAGCGUGCGAAGUUGGAAGUGGAGCAGCGCUGGGUGGCGCAGGAAGCGAGAAAGUGGUACAAGGAACAAGGGUGGUGGGCGUUCGGACAGUACUCGCUACCACCAAAUUCGGCACUGUUCAGCUUCGGGGAGGGAAGGGUAUAGCCACUUCUUUUCUUGUUUUAGCAUUUUUCGCGAGGAAAAAUUAAAAUACAUGCCGUGGCUUCAUAGUUCUAUCUACUAUAAGCCGUUUCUUUUAUAUCCACUUGUUGUAUUUGAAGAUAAAGAUCAUGCAAAACAUCAUACAGUGGAAAAUUGGCGCUGCCGUUUUCGCCUACGCCGUGUGUGCGUUUUCCGCACCGAUGUACGUUGCUGCGAAGCAUUUGGACACGCACGGGAGGAUCUUGGAAAAUUUGCUCGAUGGGGGAUUUUCGAUUCUAAUCGUGUGCUGUCUGAUCACUAUGUUGGGGCUGGCGGAAAUCGGGCAGCAAGUUGCGGAAAUGACACUCGAGGCGACGGCGUUGCAGGGAGAGGGAAAUAACGCUGGUGUGGGCGUGGCAGCAGGGACUACAGCAGCUGCUGCGCCAGGAGGAGCGAGCGGGAAUCCAUAGCAGUAGGUGGUGGAUCGAUUAUUUAUGAAAGCGAAAAAAUCAAAAUGAAUAUAAUUGAUGAAGAUCAACAUAACGAGCAGUUGUGAACUAGUCGUCCGAAACUGACAAACUGAUGAAACUACGCGAACGUUUUUUGUGCCAAUGCAUUUCAACGAUUUUACUUGUUUCAAGAACUGAUUUUGACAUGCAAAAUGAAUUUAUUUUACACUACGAAUUUCUAUAUUCUUCUGCUUCUGCAAGUGCAACACUCUUAGCAUUUUAGCAAGAUCGCUUGUACGAUUGAGAAAAGAUAGCGCACUAGAAUGAGUCACUAUGACAAAGUCGAUGAACUCACUACGGACAAUUCAGGCCAGGCGGACAACAAUGAACCUGAUGUAGAGAUGAAAGAACAAUGUGAUGAUGAUCUCUCUGAGAAUCAGGUAAAACAGCACCGAUCCAGGAGUUACCGCCGCUGGUGCUGCAGGAAAAGCCAAUUAGGAAACGGCAAGGAUUCCGCACUCCC